AUGGGAGAUUCAGUACCUCUAAAACUAGCACUGCCAGAGCUGAAGUAUCCUAUUGGUUCACAGCCAAGGGAAAAGUCAGCAAUCAACCAAUACUCCGGCUCAGAGUAUAUCUCUAUUGUCAAAAGCAUCCUAAAACCAGAUGAGAUGAUGAGAGUCCGGGGAUCAUUUCUGGGACCUAUAAUAAAGCUCAGUGAGAGAGGAUUGAAGUUAUCAGGAAAGAUAGUCUACGCCAUUCUCACUAGAAGCAUCGUUUCUGUCAAGGAGAAUGAAGCCUGGUUCCAUUUCGCUGCGCAGCCAAUGAGGUUCUCUAUAAGAGAAUUUCAUAUGAUGACAGGCUUGAAAUGUAGUGGUGCAUUAGAAGGACCACGAAGGGAACCCGAGAGGUUUAAUUGGGAAUUGCUAAAGGGGCGUAGUCAUAAGUUAAGUGACGUGGUGGACCAGCUCAGAAACACAAGAGAAGAUGCUUCUGAGGAGAGAGUAUGCCUCGCAAUGCUCAUCCUGGUAGAGAGCAUAUUAUUGCGGAAGAGCAAAGGAGGGAGUUUUCCUUUGGAAUAUGCGAAAAAUGCACAGGAUAUGACAUAUCCAUGGGGAAAAGAGGCUUACAUGGUGCUCCUGAAGUCAAUUCAAAACGCUGUGGCGAAUCAUUUGGAGAAUAAAUCCAAAUUUGAGUUGCAAGGUUAUCCUCUAGUAUUCCUUCUUUGGAUACUAGAGUCGAUUCCUUUGCUAAGGAAUAAGUUCAGUAAGUGUGUACCAACAGUUGAGGUUCCUGGGCCGACUUACUUGUGUGAAAAAUACACUGAGAUAGAGAAUCCAUCACUUGAUAGGGUUUUACAGGUUGAAACUGAUACAAAGCUGAAGGUCCAUUGCAUACUACCUUCUAUUCCUCAUGAUCCAGAAGAUGAUAUCUCCAUUGAAGACAAAUAUAGUGACGAGUUGGAAACAGUGAAAGAUGUAACAAAGAAAGGGUACAAGAUUACAGCCGAUGACUGGGAAAAUAGGUGUGUAGACACAUUUGACACAUUGGAUGCUCUUAUUCAAAUGAUGGCAAAUAAGGAGACUGGCCAAGCCUCUACUCCGAUUGAUGAGGAUUCAGUAAAUGAAAAAGUGAACAGGAUCAUCACGGUAAUGGAGGAGAAUCUGAAGAGCAUGAAGGAUCGAAUGUCAUUACUGGAAGAAGAAAACAUACAUCUUAGAGCUCGUGUGUCAGAGUUGGAAGGAAACAGCAAUGUUUCUCCCACUAACGUGACACAAAAGGUAAAUUCUCAAAACAUCUUCUUUUACAUUUGCAUUUUCAAGUAUUUUUUGGAAGAUCUUGUACAUAUUCUUGAAUGCCUUCCUAAUAUUUGA